AUGAAAUCCGUCUCGCUGAGCGCGGGGGCUACGUGGUACGACGCCUUCACACUCAACCCAACUCCCAACAGCGGGUUUGUCGCGAGUUGGUACAUCGCGGUGCCUUCCAGAGGCAGCUGCGAUCCCGCCGAGUGGACGGACACGGUCUCGACACGCUCGGCUGCCACGACGAGGUCGAGCACGCUUCUAUACGCUCGCCCAGCCUUCCUUUCCAUCCCAUUAGGCAGCCUGGGAACGCCUCCGGAGGCUGACUUUGAGGCACCAUCAUCGGACGACGAAGCGCGGGGGAUUCCGCUGGGAGCAACACGGAGCUCCGUUGGACGCGUUUUCAAGAUUAGCGUGUGGCAGAGUGAAUUGGAACUAGCCUUUCACCAAAACACAAGUUAUUUUAGCUAA